GCUUGCAGGCACAAUGUCAGAGCUUGCUCGCAUGCUUGCAGGAGUUCUGGCCGAGAAUCUGGGGUCCCCUGGGGAUCAAUUCACCAAGAGCUGCAGCAAGAGCACAUGCUUCCUUCGGCUGAAUCGUUAUCCGCCAUGCCCAUUCUCACCAGAGACUUUUGGCCUGAUGCCUCACACCGAUAGCGACUUCCUCACCAUCCUUCAUCAGGAUCAAGUAGGUGGCUUGCAACUGAGGAAGGAUUCCAAGUGGAUCGCUGUCAAGCCUAACCCAGAUGCACUUAUAGUCAACAUUGGAGAUCUCUUUCAGGCAUGGAGCAAUGAUGUCUACAAGAGUGUUCAGCACAAGGUGAUGACCAAUACGAAGGUGGAGAGGUAUUCGGUAGCUUAUUUCCUUUGCCCAUCAAACGAGUCCACCAUAGGGAGUUGCAGGGAGCCUUCCGUCUACAAGAAGUUCACUUUCGGGGAGUUCAGGAGGCAGGUGGAAGAGGACGUGAAAAGAAGUGGUUACAAGGUGGGGCUUCCAAGAUUUCUCCUCUAG